AUGGCGGGUUACAGAGCCGACGACGACUACGACUACCUCUUCAAGGUUGUGCUCAUCGGCGACUCCGGUGUCGGUAAGUCCAACCUGCUUUCUCGCUUCACGAAGAACGAGUUCAACUUGGAGUCCAAGUCCACCAUUGGCGUCGAGUUCGCCACUCGCACCUUGAACGUCGAUUCCAAAGUCAUCAAGGCCCAGAUCUGGGACACCGCAGGCCAAGAAAGGUAUCGUGCAAUCACCAGUGCUUACUAUCGCGGGGCAGUGGGAGCGCUUCUCGUGUACGACGUGACUCGCCAUGCGACGUUCGAGAAUGUUGACAGAUGGCUGAAAGAGUUGAGAAAUCACACAGAUGCCAACAUUGUGGUGAUGCUGGUUGGAAACAAAUCAGACCUUCGCCACCUGGUGGCAGUUACAACUGAAGAUGGGAAGUCGUAUGCUGAGAAAGAAUCACUUUACUUCAUGGAAACCUCAGCUCUGGAGGCUACGAAUGUAGAGAAUGCAUUUGCUGAAGUUCUGACUCAAAUCUACCGCAUUGUUAGCAAGAAAGCAGUAGAGGGUGCUGAAAAUGGAACUGCGUCUGUGCCUGCCAAGGGGGAGAAAAUUGACCUGAAAAAUGAUGUGUCUGCUUUGAAGAGAGUUGGAUGCUGCUCAAGCUGA